AUGGAGCUGGUGAGCAGGCGAGACCCCCACCUCCGAGAGGUCGUGCGGUUUGCGGUGUGCUGCAGAGCCCUGACGCUUCUGCUGCAGGCUCUCUUUAACCUCCUGAUCCCAGAUCAUGCUGCAGAUGCCUUCAGUCCCCCUCGCCUGUCGGAGCCUGGCCUGUGGGACCUGCUGGUGGAGCGGCUGCUGGGAGGCCUCUCGCGCUGGGACGCAGAGCACUUCCUCUUCAUCGCCGAGCGCGGUUACCUGUACGAGCACAACUGCGCCUUCUUCCCGCUGUACCCCCUGAGCGUGCGUGCCGUGGCCGAGGGUGCUCUGUGGCCCUUGCAGCGGCUGCUCCGGCUGCGGAGCCGCCUCCUGCUAUCAGCCGUACUUCUUAAUUCCCUCUUUUCUGUCCUGGCAGCCACUGCCCUGUACCAGCUGGGCUGCGUCGUGCUGCGGUGUCGCGGGGUGGCUUUCCUUGCUGCCCUUCUCUUUUCUAUCAGCCCUGCCAACGUGUUUAUGGCAGCUGCUUACUCGGAGAGCAUGUUUGCCUUCCUGGCAUUCAGUGCCAUGUGGCAACUGGAGAAGGGGCAGAGCUGGCUCAGUGGGCUGCUCUUCUCCCUUGCUUCUGGGGCGCGUGCCAACGGGCUUAUAAAUGCUGGCUUCUUUCUCUACUCCCGCGGUAAAUGCUUCGCCCUCCGGCUCCAGGGGGCUUCAGGAUCGGUAAGGAAGCUCCCUCCGCUGUGGAAGGAACUCCUUAGCGUGGCAUCUUCAGUGGUUCUGAUGUGUGCUGGGAUUUUUCUACCUUUUGCUUUAUUUCAGUAUUAUGCUUACGUGAGGUUCUGCGGUCCCGACACCGGCCUGGAGCGGGCUGUUCCCAAGCCGCUGCUGCAGCUGGCUCUGGAUAAGGGCUAUCGUUUGGCAGCCAUGGAUGGGCUUAAACCCCCUUGGUGCUCCCAGCGAUUCCCCGUGGUCUAUUCCUAUAUUCAAGACAUUUACUGGAAUGUGGGCUUCCUCAGGUAUUUUGAGCUCAGGCAGCUACCGAAUUUCUUGCUGGCUUUGCCUGUCACGCUUCUGGGCUCGUGGGCUGCCUGGACCUACAUCAUUGCAGACCCCCGGUACUGCCUAACUCUCGGUCUAGAGAGAAGAAAGAGCGAAGAAGAGGGUAAACCAAGAGCUGGCUUUUGCUGCCCCGCUGUCUUCGUGUACGUGGUCCAUGCCACAGUCCUGCUGGCGUUCGGAUUUUUCUGCGUGCACGUGCAGGUGCUGACGCGGUUCCUUGGCUCCUCCUCUCCCAUCCUGUACUGGUUCUCUGCUCACCUGCUGCAAGAAUACGAACCUUUGCUCUGCAGCCAGGAGACCGAUGAUCAAACGGCAACACCUCGCUCCGAGAAGUCUCUCCUAGGUAAAUCUGGAUCGUGUGGGAAAGGGACCUCUGCAAACCCCGUUGUGAGGCUGCUGCAGAACCGUAGAUUAAUCAGCCCCCUCGGCAGAUGCGUUCUGGGGUUCUUCCUGUCGUACUGGCUGCUGGGACUGAUUCUGCACUGCAACUUCUUGCCGUGGACGUAG